AUGUGCUCCGACAGAGGUUUGGUAGCAGGGAACUAUGUCUGGCACACUCUGACAGAGGUAAGGCUACAAGGGACUAAGUCCGACAUAGAAAGUAAGGCGAGGACUGUCGGAAGACAGAAGCGGAGGUCAUUUUGGCAAUUCCCAUCGAGGUCCAAUAUACAUUAUGAGAUAUGGUUUAUACCAAGUAGGACUACCACUAAGUUGCCAAUGUUGAUGCAUAACAACGUUGUGAGGAUGAAUUUGAUAGUUGCUCUGGUCCCAAUGGCACCUCAGCUCAAAACUCUUGAACGUGAAUUGAUGGAGUCUGUAGAGGAGCUUACAACCCGAAGAUGGAUCAUUGGCACACCAUUGACGGUCGAUGAGAUUCUUGAUCCUCAAGAAGAGAAGAACAUUGGGGAGGUAACUGCCUAUGAAGAUGAUGACACAAUUGCUGCAAGAAAUUUGGUCUGUGUUGCAAAACUAAUUCCGCUCUGUGAAAAGCUCGAGAUGGCAUGUAUUGCACAAGCUGGUGCUGCACGAGGAAUUGCAGAAUGCAAAGCAGGCUACAUUAGACAGAUUCUGGAAUCCCAAGUAGUAACACCUGAUGACGAUGUACUUGCCGAAUACUUUUGCUACAUUGACACCCCCAAUAUUGGUUGA